AUGACGUCCACUUUUGGUAAUGCCCUCCAGUUGUCGUUUCCAGUCAGGCGUAGGUUGGAAGAGCUAGACACGCCAAACCCUCGCAUCUCAGCCGUCACGAUUGCUGAUGCAGUUAAUGCUCUCAGUAUGGUCACUUUCGCACAGGCUAGCGACCCGCGAGGCAAGCUGUUCGGAAUCACUGGUCUGUUACAACCUAACCUGGCUUUCAUCCUAAACCACACACUGAGUACUGUUCGCGCAUGCAUCGGAUUUAUCGGCCACUACCUUCUAAGCAGCAACACGCCACAGGUUUUCUUGCAUCCAGGACCGCGAAACACAGGUCCCUAUCCCUCGUGGGUACCACGACCCGGGGAUUCAGAGGAGGGAUGGCGCAAGAUUACCCCUGAUAUGGGCGCGGUGUGGAGAAAAUUGAUAAAAGAGGACGCAGCCCUCCGCUGGCCUGAUGCGAAUCGGAUUCAUGUUCGACUCUUGACUAAACGUUAA